GAAAUCCCAAGGAGGAGGUUGCAUACUAAUAAGUAAGUAAAGUAGGGGGUCGUUUGGGGGGGCGUGCACCGUAUACGACCGGGACCAAGAUGGACGGGAGGCAGGCAAAGGAGGACGGCGAGCCGCAAGCGAAGGAAGGGGAGGCGGUGCACCUGCGCAGGGAGAUCGGUUUGCUGCCCGCCGUGUCCUUCAUCAUCGGCACGGUGGUGGGCAGCGGCAUCUUCAUCGCCCCCAAGGGGGUGCUGAUGAACAGCGGCAGCGUGGGCCUCUCCCUGCUGGUGUGGCUGCUGUGUGGCGUGCUCUCCUUGUUUGGCGCACUGUGCUACGCUGAACUGGGCACCACGUUCACCAAAUCCGGGGGCCACUACACCUAUCUGCUGGAGACUCUGGGGCCCCUCCCGGCUUUCUUACGUCUGUGGGUCGAGUUCCUGUUCGUCAGGCCGGCCGUGGCCUCCUACGUGUCGCUGGCUUUCGGGCGCUAUGUGGUGGAGCCAUUCUUCACCCCCUGUGAGGCUCCUAUGGCGCUCAUCAGAGUGGUCAGCCUCCUCGGAGUAACCUUCAUUGUGGCCAUCAACUGCUGGAGCGUCACCCUGGCGUCUCGCACCCAAAUCACCCUGACCUUCAUCAAGACCUUUGCCCUGGUCCUCAUUAUAGUUCCUGGCAUCAUGGCGCUGACCAAAGGGAAGACGGAGAACUUUCAGAAUGGCUUUGAGAUGGAAGCGCUAACUCUGGAUAGACUGCCUUUGGCCUUCUACAACGGCCUUUACGCAUACGGUGGAUGGUUUUAUCUCAACUUUGUCACAGAGGAAGUCAUCAACCCAAACAGGACCAUCCCGCUGGCCAUCAUUUGCUCCAUGGUGACGGUGACCGUGCUCUACGUGCUCGUCAACGUGUCCUACUACACCGUGAUGACCCCCGCCGAGCUGCUGCUGUCGGACGCCGUGGCUGUGACGUUUGCCAACCGUGCGCUGCAGGGCGUGUCUUCUGUCAUCCCUCUCCUGGUGGCGCUGUCCUGCCUGGGAGCCCUCAACGGGGGCUUCUUCUCAUCACCCAGGAUGCUGUUUGUGGGGGCCAGAGAGGGUCACUGGCCCCCCAUCUUCUCUAUGAUCCACAUCCGCAGACACACACCACUGCCUGCUGUGUUGCUACUGUACCCCUUAGUGGCGCUCAUGUUGAUCUCCGGAGAGAUCCAGCAUCUCAUCAGCUUUGCCUCCUUCGCUCGCUGGUUCUUCAUCGCCCUGGCGACGCUGGGGAUGCUCAUCCACCGAUACCGCUUCCCCUUGCACACUCGGCCUUUCAAGGUCCCUCUGGUCAUUGCCGUCACCUUCACCGUGGUCUGCUUCUUCAUCGUGGGCUUGUCUCUGUACUCGGACCCUUGGAACACGGGGCGCAGUUUCGCCCUCACGCUGACCGGGGUCCCGGUGUACUACAUGAUGGUCCACCGCCGUCGCUUACCACCCAAGUGGAGACGGAUAUUCAAUUACUGCAGCAAGCAGCUUCAGAUCCUUCUCGAAGUGGCUCAGCAGGAGGUGAAGACCUACUGAGGACACAGAAGACACAAUCCUUUUUAAAAGACAGCCUGUCUGCAACAUCAUAUUUUAAAAUCGAAAUUGUUAAAUUAAAAAAAAAAAACUGUAAACUGGCGUUAUGCAAUCCCACAAGCCACCAUUAACGAACACGACAUAAAAACUGUGCUUAAAAGCGCAGACACCAACACAUUUAUUGUAUAACGGUUAAAAAACAAAGGACAUGAUUAUUUAGUGUUUCCAGGUGUCACUGCAUGGAUUGUUGCACUAAUACGAGCCUGUAAGUGGAGUUUCUG